AUUAAUAACACAGUAGUAGUUAUUUACUGUUUGAAACCACCAACCACGGGUCGAAAAUGGAGUCCUUUAUUAAGUUCACAAAUCAAAGUCAAGGAAGGGAUCGUAUUUUUAGGACAACCCAGUAUGCGUGUGCCUUGUCGAAGUAUUUGCUUCGCAAUAAUUCUGCAAGGAAAGGGCUUGUUUUGAAACUGCAGAGUCUGGAGUCCAACAUGAGUUCUGGAAGGAAAUUGUUUAGACUGGGGAACACUGUGAAUUCCAUUGAUGCUGCCAAGCGGACCCUGAAGCUCUCUGACCCUGUAUUGCGCCUCUGCCUGACUGUGGCCAACCUCAACCGGGCCUGUUACUUUAUCUGUGACAAUUUACUCUGGGCCAGCAAUGUUGGUCUUGUCCAUGGAAUCGACAAGGAGCGUUGGAGCUUGAAUGCCUCUCGUUGCUACUUCCUUUUCCUGGUUAUGAAUCUGACCAGAGAUGUGUACGUUAUCACUCAGAUUAUGGUUCAGAGAACCAGAGAGAGGGAGUUUCGACAGAAAAUGGAUCUGCAUCUCAAUGACAACCCUGAUGUGGCUACCGUUAUCGUUCCUCAACUCGAUGCUUUUCUCUUCCUGCUUAUUGAGAGCCUUAAAAGCCAACCUUCAGUUGCUAUAGACACAAUCAAAAACAUUUGUGAUCUUUUCAUUCCACUGGACAGACUGGGCAUGUACCAGUCAAACCCAGGGGUAGUGGGCUUUUGUGGUCUGAUCUCCUCUCUCUUGGGGAUUGUUUCAGUCUUGCAUCCCGGUUUGAAAAUGAAACCAUAACCAAGAGUUAAAGGGAAAUGAAAGAGACUUCCACUUUCCCUCUUAUCAGGGACUGAUCAUUAACUGAGACACCAGAUGGGUACAAUUAAUCCUUAGGUGGAAGUGAAAACCAGCUUGCUUUUGACCUCGUAGGGUAAGAGUUGACUACCCCUGUGACAGAGUUAUUUUAAAAUAGCCUCACAAAGUGCAGUGGAUAGCAACUCGCUAAGAUUUAUUGUCAAAUACUGAUGAGCCAUAAUUUUGCAGGGGUUAGUCAAACACUGAUGAGUCACAACUUUGCAGGGUGCACUUGGGAGCAAACCUUUCAGAUAGUUAAAGAUGCAUUGUGGGAUUUUGGGCCGCCAAAACAGGUCACUGAAACGGUGUGCUAUUUCAUGUGCAGUUGGGUCAGGAAAUAUUUGGACACUGACACAUUUUCAUAAUUUUGUCUCUGUAUGCCACCACAAUGGAUUUGACAUGAA